ACACGCAUGCACGCACACGCACACGCACGCACACACAAACAGACACAUAUUACAUGUUUGUGCAAUAUAUACAUAUAUUGCAUUGAUAAAAUCUUUUUUUUUUUAAGUAUUAAAAUAACUUUAAUAAAUCAUCAAAACUAUGUUGACAGAAUAUAACAAUACUAUGUAUUUGGAUCACAAUAAUUUUAUUAAAGAACUAAAAAUAAAAUAAGAUAAUUGUGAUAGUCCAAAUCAAAUAUUUUCAAAUCUGCAUCUGGUAAAAAAUUUGUAUUGGACCGUACAACUUUUUACUUGCUGUAAUAAAAUUAUUCCUUCCACGUAUAUCACAUUAAAACAAGGUGCUUCAUUAAAACGCGACUGAAUCGCAUUUAAUUUAGCACAAAUGUGAUAGCAUAGGUCAUUACUUGUGUCAUUGCACUUACGUGAGAUAAUGAGGCGCGUUUAUUAAAUUGCAUUAAAUGCAUAAAAGCGACUCUGAAUUUAAUUCCCCGCCACUGCACACGCGCGUCUGUUCAACCUCGAAUAAAAACAUUACGAGAGAUCGCAUAUGGUCUCGAAGUAACGGAGCCGGUUUUGUUGCGCUUCCUCCUCUUCGGCCAGUCUCGGAUCGUCCGCAGUUGGUGUCAGAGCAUAUCUUCUCUGGCUUUACAUGUCAAACAUUUAUGUCAGAGCAUUUCUUAAACAGUUUUGUUCGACAGUUAAAUGACUUUUCGUAAUUGAUAUCUGUGAGUGUUACGUUGAUAUUAUUGAAAUGUGACAUUAUAUUGCGGCAUUGAAAAAUUUUCCGUACUUAAUAUAUAAUAAUGUAUUCCGAUAACUGCUUGACAACGCAGAGACUUGAUUUAAACAUCUUUGCUUAAUUGCGAAAUAAACAGUUCACGCGCAAGAAGAAGGGAAAACGACUGAUUGUGAGUCAUUAAUACAGAUAAAGAAGCUGAGGCGCUGGUGAAGAGUAAACAGAAGAACAUGUAACUGCAAAUAACUAUUCCUGUACUGCUUAAAUAACUAACUGAUUGAGUUAUCGUUAGUUUUUGCCACUUUAUUUUAAUCUUUAAGAAUCUUUAACUUUAAAAUAACAAAGUUUCUCGCUCAUAUAAUAAUAACUAAUAUAAAUUCUAAAGGGCCAGAAACGAGCAAUGUCAGAUAUUAUUUUACAAAAAUGUAUAAUUUAUUGUAGUGGGACUUUAAUUUUAAUUCCAUCAAUGUAAAUUAUCUUUGAUUUCGGUUUAACUUUUUAUCUUCUUUUUUUUAGUUCUAAGAAUUAAAAAUAGAUAAAAAGUAAGUUAAUCUGUAAUUAAUCUAUAUUGAUGAAAAUGGACAUAAGAGACACAAACGAUUCGAAAUGAGAUCAAUCUUGUUGCCAAGUAGAAUAAAUUUUCAAAAAAUGUUAAGACUUAUCCAAAAAAGUUUUAUCAAUAAAAAAUGUUAUUAGUACAACGUUCACAAUUUUAAUAUCUUAUCAAAGUCAUUAUUCUAUUUUCUAUUUUUCACUAUAAAUAUAAUUAAGGAUAAUGGAGAGUCAAUUGAUGAAGGUCGUUUUUAUUAUUAAGCAUUACCAUUUUAUUAGUCAAGAUAGUUUGAAGAAAGAAAGAGAAAGACAGACACAUACGUCGCAAUUAUUACAUACGAUAAAAAGUGUAGAUGUGAAUGUGUAAACGCAGCUGCUUCUAAUAAAAGAAAAUGUGUGAUUCAUACAUAUACAUAAAUAAUAUGCAAAUAUAUAAUAUGCAUAGGAGCUGAAUCGAAAUGAGAGGGGCUUUAUCCACUGCGCGUAUCUUAUCACUUGUCCGAUUUAAGUUUGAGAUUGUAUGUCGUCCGAACGAUUACGUUUACAGUCUGCCGAUGAUACGAACACUGGAUACAACUGAAAAUCUCUAGGAAGGUAUAUUCUGAUGAAACAAUUGCAAAGAAAAUAAUUGAUACAAUUGACAGAAUGGCACGUAGUGCAAUAGAUCGAGGCUGGGCAUGGGCAAUUGUCGUCGGCGUGACUGUUAUCAACCCGUGCUUCCCGUCCAACAGUGUUUUGGCCUUAUCUUUACGGAACGUUUCACAAGUCUCGGCAUUACCGCGACGCAAACGAGUCUAAUUCUCCAUCUUAAUGGGACAAUAACAUGUAGUCUCGGCCUGAUAAGUGGUCCAAUGAUGAAGAGAUUCGCCUUUCGUCAAGUCGCAUAUUUCGGCUGUCUGACAAUUGUCCUCGGAAUCAGCGCCACUGCUUUCGCCGUGUCUCUACCGAUGCUUAUUAUCACUUAUUGCGUUAUCAUUGGAAUUGGACAAGGAAUUAUUUAUCCAGCGACAACAUUAGCACUAAACACAUAUUUCCGCAAGAAACGCAACGUAGCUAUGGGUUUUUCAGUUACAUUGACCGGUCUGGGCCCAAUCUUAAUGCCCCUUUUGAUAGAUGUACUUCUCGAGAAUUUUGCCACGACAGGCACUCUUCUGAUUCUUGCUGGAAUCGCCUUGCAUUCUCUCGUUGGUGCAUCUCUGUUAAGACCGUUUGAAAAGGAGAAAGAGAUUGUUCUGGUAGACAAAACUACCGAUAUAUCGAAAGAGGAAAAUUCAUGUGCCGAUAAUCGUGAUAAUGAAGCAAAUGUAGAAAAUAAUGCCGUUCGAAGCCGGUUAUCAAGUGAAGAAAUCGCUGAAGACGAAAGACAACUGAACCAUCAUCGUCCAGAGAAUAAAGAAACAAUAGUGAAAGAAAGUAGACAAACUUCGUACCUUAGAAAAAUUAUUGCUAACAUGGAUCUCGAUCUUCUUCGUGAUAAUCGUUAUGUAGCGAUAGUACUAGGUAUGAGUGUAUCGUUGGUGGCCGAAACGAAUUUCAACGCAACGAUACCUUUCGUCCUGGUCGAAUUGGCGAACCUUGAAAGAACAUCGGUAGCUACAGUGAUGUCGAUUCAAGCAGCUGCGGACAUUACAGGACGUCUUUGCGUGCCGUUGUUGGCGCAAAAAACCGGCUGGACCUGCAGAAAUCUUUAUGUGAUAUCCCUGUUAGGAUCAAUCCUCGGAAGGACUAUUCUAUCGACGUGGGGUGAUACCUAUGUCAUCGUGAUUGGAGUAGCUCUCAUUGUUGGACUGGCAAAGGGAACCAAAGCUGUCUUCCAAGCUCUAAUCAUUCCCGAUUACGUACCAUUGGGGAGGUUGCCAGCUGCAUCCGGCAUUCUGAUGGUUUGUAAUGGCAUCCUGUCUAUCAGCGUGGGACCAAUUAUCGGUUUGGUGCACGAUGCAACAAAUAGUUACGUGGGUGCACUUUAUUUCACAUCCUUUCUCAGCUUAUCCUGCGUCUUCCUGUGGUCGAUAAGUGGAUUAUGGACUCCCGGUAGAAACACUCUAAAAUUGAAUCAACAAAAUUCGUCAGAAGAGCAAGAAAAUACUCGUGAAAAUAUUGAUUAAUUUACGGUUAAAUAUUUCCAAGUUAUGACUGAAACUUCGGCAAAAAUGGAAUAUUUCGAUAUGUUGUAAAAUAUAUACUUUUGUACUGAGAAUUUAAUGUGAUGAUUCUAUGAAAUAAUUCUAUGAAAUAAUUCUGCGAUAAUAUGUAGAAUUAUCAGAAGAAAAUCUCCAACACUAAACUAGGUCUUCUAAACAAAAGCCCCUUAUUCUUCAAAAAUUAAAUAUUGUAUUUUAUUAAUAUACUGAUAAUGAUGUGACUUUCUUAAAUAAUUGAAGAAGUAAAAACUCAUAGUUUAUACAUUUAUGUCAUAUAUUACGUCAAAUCAUAAAAAUAAAUAUAUGACAUUAAUUACUUUGAUUUUAUAAAAUUAUUAAUAGAUAUAUUUAAUAUUCAAUAUAUAACAUUCUAUUAAAGUCUCUGAUGUAGCUAAUAAUUUUAUAAAAUUGACUUUAAAUGUUUUCACUCAUAUAUAUAAUUUUAAACUAUUAUUUGAUUACUUUUACUUACAUAAGAUAGAAUAAAAUAGACGCUACUAAAAAAUGUAAUAGAUGAUUCUACCUUAUUUUAUUUUAAGCAUCCUGAAAACUAAACAUAGACAAUCAAAAGUUGCCCAAACGGUGUCCAAUUUCUUAUUGAUAAUAGCAAUGAGUAUUGAAUUGAAUUAAAAAUAUAAAGUUUAAAAUAUUUUUAUAUAUUUAAAAUAUAAAAUGUUAAUAAAAUUUAUAACUGUA